CAAACCAGUAAAGAGCUUCAGAAUUUUGCAGAGCUUCAACUUUUAGGUCUGCCAUUGACUGAGGAUAUUGUAGGGAUCCAACACAGCAAAAGGAAUGAUGGCAAAGAUUGUGUGUGUUCUUGCAGUCAUUUUUUUGCAUCUGUGCUGUGGUAUUGCUACCCAAAGAAUUUACCAUGGAAAUGAAGCAAUGCAAGGGGAGAUCAAAACUGUCAUGGAUUAUGGUGCAGUUGGAGAUGGCUCCCAAGAUGACAGUAAGGCCUUCAAAAAAGCCUGGGAAGCAGCAUGCAUAUCGUCCUCUGAUGGAGAGAUGGUGGUACCAAGUGGAAGCAAAUUUCUUAUAAAUCCCACUACAUUUCCUGGGCCCUGCAAAUCCCCUGUUUCUGUCAAGAUUGAAGGAGAAAUAAUCGCUCCAGCACACCAAUCUGCCUGGAACAACGCAGAUAGAAAAAUGUGGCUCACAUUUGCAAACAUCUCUGCACUCACUAUACAAGGUGGCGGUACAAUAGAUGGGCAAGGUCAAGUUUGGUGGGAGAAAUCUUGCAGAAUUAACGAGAAAAAUCCUUGUACGCGGGCGCCCACGGCAAUGUAUAUUGGCAAUUGCACAGAUGUUUUGAUUCGGGAUAUACACUUUUUGAAUAGCCAACAAAUACACCUUGGGAUAUUCUACUCUUCUGAUGUUCAAGUCACUGGACUGCUUAUAAGGGCUCCUGAAGACAGUCCCAACACCGAUGGUAUUCAUCUGGAGUCAGUUGAGAAUGUCCAAAUAGAUAACUGUGAUAUCGAAACAGGGGACGAUUGCAUCUCCAUUACAGCUAUGACAUCCGAUGUUCGCAUCCAAAAGAUCAGAUGUGGCCCAGGACAUGGAAUCAGCAUUGGAAGCCUUGGGGAACAUGGGGAAGAAUCAAAUGUGGAAAAAAUCGACGUCCGAGAGGUGGUUUUUGAUGGAUCACAGAACGGAGCCAGAAUCAAGACUUGGCAGGGUGGUUCUGGGUAUGCGAGAGAAAUCACAUUUGCAGAUUUGACAAUCAACAAUGUUUCCAAUCCUAUCGUAAUAGAUCAGUACUACUGUGACUCCUCCAAAACAUGUAAAAUUCAGAAAUCAGCAGUGCAAAUAGAGAGCGUGACAUACCAAAACAUUACAGGGACUUCUGCGCAGCAAAUGGCGGUGAAUUUUAAUUGCAGUCAGACAGUACCUUGCAAAGAAAUUAUGAUCUCAAAUGUUGAUAUAAAAUCCACUGUUGCAUCUCAAACCAAAUCAGCCUGCUUCAAUGCAUUUGGCUUAGCUUAUGGGAACGUCUAUCCAAACAGCUGCCUUAAGAAACAGUGAUUUACUAUCACUGAAAUGGGAUCACUUCAUAAUUCGUUAUUAAAUUGCAUAAAUCAUAUAAAAGCUCUAAGAAAUUGGAGAUGUAAAAUAGUACAGUAAGGAUUCCGUAUAUUGUAUAAUUAAAUCAUAUUGGAAA